UCAUGAUCUCGCUGUAAAGUGUAAACAUUGGUGGUGGGGGUGCUGGAGUCGCGUGUAAUCAAUGCAAUAGCGAGCCCGAUGUUCAAACCGAGUCGGACCAGGCCCAGGAGGACCGUCUUCACCUCCCAGCACGCGCUAUAGCAACAUGAAUACGAUAUUUCAACUCGGACAUUUUUCCCUUGUCGUUUUUCACAGUCCCGCUAUUGAUUAACUCGCCGUUGAUCCGACGUUUAUUUAUUUACCAGCUUAGUUAGCAAUGAAACCUCGUGGUGAUAAUGGGUGUGCCAUUCGGGGUGGAGGCGUUGCCAGUAAAAAAAUGAGAAAGAGAAAAGAAUUGGACGCUCUUGUCGGAGGUGUAAGUGCGAAAAGAGUCGGAGGAUGUAAAAGGCCUGGAAGUGGCGGCGUGAGUCCCCAGGAUCAGCUACUAUCAGAAUCCACAGGCGAAGAAGAUUACUGGGGUACGAAAAUGAACGGGAAAGAGAAAAGGAGAUACGCAAAUGGAGGAGUUAAAAGGGGAAGUGGAGCUUGCAGUGCCCUUUUAAGACUCUGCACUGUCCUUUUGAUAAUGGCAUGCGUUGUAGCUACUGUUACAGUAAUGUGGCUAUUUAUUGAUAUAAGAGAGCAGGCUACAUAUCUACGAAGUCAACUCGAUCAAGUGACUGCUGGGACUCAGGGUGUUCCUGAAGAAAUUCAACAAUGCCACUCUUUAACCCGCCAACUUCAGAAUAACCAAACACAACUGUUUGCUAGUUUAGCAACAAUUUCUCAAAAAUUAGUGAACUUUACUAAUAUGAUUAGUGCAGUUCAAGGAGGUUUAUCUAACGUACAGAGUAAACUUCACGAAUCACCUGAGUUAAUUAAUGUGCCCAAAGGGCUCCAAGCCUUAUCUCAAAGUGUUGCCACAUUUACAAGUUCAAUGCAAGACGUCCAAGCAACUACAUUACAGCUAUCCGAACAGUAUAAAACUUUAUCAGCAUCGAUUGAAAAGCUUUCUUUCAACAUCACAGACUUGCAUAUAACUGUUGGUGAUCUGAAAGAGUUUGUCCACAAGAACGUGGGAAAUGUGUCAACAUCGCACGAUGUUGUUAACGAUAAAAUAGUUUCUACAGUUUUAGACAAACUAUAUCCAAAUAUAUCGUUGAUACAGCAGUCUGUCUCGCAGAGGUUAAACUGGACAAAAGAUGACCAGCAUAAAGAUCACAAAACAAUAGAGACACUUCAAGAAAACUCAAAUAAUAUGAGCAGCCACUUGAUUUCUUUGCAAAAUGAAUUUGGACUGUACAAAUUUAAAUACGACCAACUUGUACAAAAUCUUUCACAAAUUAACUUGCAGGUUUCAAGAAAUUCUGACGAUUUAAAUAAUAUGAAAUCAGAAUUUAAUAAUAUGACAAACACUCUAUCAUACUAUGGAAAAGAGAAAGUUACUUUUAACAACAUUUUAACAAAUAAUAACAACAAUGUUUCUUGGAAAUUAAAUCAUACAGAAAUGACUGCUACAAACAAAUCGAAUCCAAUACAAGGAGGAGAUAAAACCCACUUGGAUCAAUGAGUUUCCCUGACUUCUUAACAUCAGUUCCUUCUGUAGACACAAGUUCAUAGGGAGGACCUUGAAUGUGCUUCUGGCUGAUUUCUAAUUCCCACCUAGAUCACACUGGGAAAGUAUUCUUACUUACAAUUAUGAAACAAAUAUAUAAACGUGUAUUUAAGGAUUAAAAUGUUUUGCUUUAUUCUUGUGUGUCAGCAUGGGAUAUUUCAAUAACAUUUAAAAGGAGAAAGAGAAAAAGCGAGAAAGAUUGUAGAAACGUUUUCCCCUCUUAAAAUCAUUCAUUUUUAUGUCGAGUACGUUAGUAUAAGCAGUAUCAAUUUGAAAGCAUAACUAGUACUUACGAGAAAUUUUGGAGUUUUUUUUAAAUGUUAUUAAUGUUCUUAACAAACACUUUGUAAAUCCAUUCACACAUUUCCAUAGUGAAACAUGACUAGAUUCCAUUAAUUUUUUUUUAAACUAAUAGAUUGUGAAUAAGACAGAUUCUAUUACAAAUCAAUUAAAGUAGGUUAACAGUUGUAAUUGUAACAGUGUAUAUCAAAAUAUUAAGUGUGUAUUUGCAUAAUGCACAAGUCAUCGAAGAUUAUUACUAUGAGUAUUAAUACCCUCCUAUAAUUGUUACCAGUAGAAUAUAAUUGUUUAUUGUCUUCUACCAUAAUAUUGUAAAUAGUAGUUUAAUUUGUCGAUAAUUUGUAAAUUGAGUGGAUAGAUGUUGUUUCGUAUUAAGAAAUUAUAAUAUUCUGUUGUCACCUUGUUCAUUGUUAUCUCAAUAAAUGAUUCAAUUUUAUGAUUUUAGUUA